AACUUUUAUUCCAGGGUGGCUACCCCCGGUACCACCCGAUCUGUACUCCCCCAGGAGGGCCCCCUUCCUGGACCCCUACUCCCCAGUCGUCCUUCCCUGCCACCCAAAUUUUACCCACAGCCAGUGUGGUAUUUCCUAAAUGUAGUAUCGUUAGUGGAAGCUCAGACCAAGCCUCGAAAGAGGAUCAUUAAUUGUAGUUUUUCACUUGAGCGUUGAAAGUAAUUCGCAUUUUUCAUAGCUUUGUCGUCCAUUCAGAAGUAAAACCAAAACCAAUUUUACACGUGACUUGGCCGUACUCGUUUUCGAGCGCUUCUGUCAGCUGCAUGUUUUUGCUUUGAGUUUUGAUUGGUUCACUGGAUUGUCUUUGUCCUUUGUUAUUGGCCAGUGGUUACUUUUGUUUUGGUUUUGCGAUAUUCAGUUCAUGACCGCCCUAGUAACAAAUGUAACAGCACUUGUUACUUCUGGCCAGUUACCAACUUUAGUUACGUGCGGAAUUAUGAUAACUCUGUUGUAUUGUUGCAGCUUCAUGUCACUUGCUUGUUUCACUGGCCAAUCAGCAUGGAUACUUAAAGUUCUUCUCUACCAGGAGUGCUGCCAUGUUGUUUGGAUGUAUUGAAAGUUCUUACGCUGAUAUUCGCGAUACAGCAUUCUACCUACUCCAAGAACACUUUUCAUGGCCUCUGAUAUUGCUAGAGAACGAUUCCACAGGCAAAGCAUCUGCCAGUAUAUUGCUACAAAAGGCCUUGACUCUAGUGAGAAGCCCAAAAGUACAAGACUGUGAGAGUGCAGCUGUUAUAUUUCGACUUAUUCAAAGAAAAUAUGUGUCAGAAUUAGAAUGGGACUGUAACUUCUUGACUGUGGAAGUGAAACCCUCCGCAAUCCUUGCCAGUAAAUCAAGUAGCAGUGGGAAGCUGUUUAGUGUUGUUCAAAUGCUGCAGCAACUCUUGGCUGAACUCAAAAUGCAUGUGAAGGCUGCACAGGACGACAUGAAGUUUGCAUCACGAAAUGCACCAGGCCAUGGCAUUUCAUUGGCCAUGGCACAAAGUGUUGAGGAAACAUUCGAUGAUAUCAAGGACGCUGAGCUGUGUAAACUGCGUGGUGUAGAGUGUUGGCGUCAGCUGCAGACUGUACUGUAUGACACUGUGGACACUGCUGUUCACAUCAUUACUGACAUGAUGGACACGCUGUCUGGAAACUACGGCAGCACUCAUGCAAUUGGUGGGGCGUCAUUUGCUGAUAUAGGUCAAGCCUUGGAUGAAAUAUUAUCGUUCUCAAUGGAUGUGAGUGAUGAGGAAACCAAAGAACCCUUUUCUGUCCAGUCGCACAAAGACAUUGUUAUUUCAUGUUGCUGGCUUCGUAUCAAGUGUGCAUGUCAGCUUCUGGCGGUUAUCUUUGAAAAGAACACAGUUAAACUUGAGCAUAUGUCUAUGGCUACAUUACUUGAUGAUGAAUCUCUCAAGCUUGUCGCAGAAACAGCAUGCAAAGUUAUACUACAGUGCAGGCACCAGGUACUGCUUUAUUCAAUCUUGUUUAUUCUAAUUAUUUGUCAUUUAUUCUAGUUUAAAUACAAAGUCUGCUACGGAGGAAUUGUAGCAUUUGCAGGUGUAUUUUUAGACUGUUCACAGCCUUCAAUUUUCUCACAUUUUAUUCGAUCGUUGAACGCGCGGAAAGAAUCGCGAAAAACUGGACGCCAGCGCAAAACGAGAGACUUGACACGUUAGGCGGUGGGGACCGAGAAAAAUAGAAGGGCUUCUGUCUUCUUCGUUUAGCUGGCUUCGCUCGUCAAACCGCCCCCA